CUUCGUCAAGCUUCCCUUCUGGCCAGUUGUGCUCGUUCUGUUCUCGCACUGCUCUGGCAGACGCCGUCGCAUGACCAUGAUGACGUCCAUAGCCCUCCUGGUGACGCUCUUCGGCGUCAGCACCGCCAUCGUCAUCCCUCCGGAGACGCCGGGCGAUGACCCCGUGGCCAUCGUUAUCGUCCAGGGCGCCUACGUCUACCCGGAGCAAUACCGUGAGUUCGGCCUGGCACUGCAGAGAGCCUCGGACGCGCCGCUCUGGGUCGGCAUCGCAGAGGGAUUCCUGGAUAACUUUCCAAACCCUCUGCAAAUCAACGCCAAGAUCAACAAGGUCCUGGGGGAGAUGAGCGAUGCAGGUAUGCCGGAGGACGCCGCUAUCUUCCUGUCCGGACAUAGUGUCGGAGGAGUGUUCAUCCAGUCAGAGAUUCCCACGAUUCCUGCCGUGGGACUGCUCCUGUUCGGUUCGUACCUGACGACUCCGCUGGCCGAGUACCCGGUGCCGGUGCUGCACCUCAGCGGCACGCUGGACGGACAAACCAGACCCACCCGCAUCGCUGAGACGUUCGCCGAGCUCCAGGCCAUGACGGAGGCCGAGCCAGAUGCGCCGAUCCGAAGGCCCGUCGCUAUUCUCGAGGCUGUUGAUCACGCCCAUUUCUUCACUGGAGAGCUCCCUGAUGCUGUCGCCGAGGGUGACAUCCUGUCGGAGCUGGACGGCGACGAGGCGCGCCGGCAGCUGGCGGAGCAGAGUGUGGCGUUCAUGGAGGUGGCCCGCACCGGACCGGCGGCCGACCAGGCUGCCGACAUUCUCCGCGAGUCCUUCAACAGCACGGGCCAGUUCCUGGCGCCGCUGUUCGACCUGCAACAGCUCGAGGCGGACGGAGACAGCUCCGAGUGGGCCCGGUUCGCGCAGACCUUCCUGCUCAACAUCGCCGGCGACUCGGUGGCCCUGGAGGUGGAGAGCACCCACGUGCCGGACCUGACGACGCUGGAAAGCCGCCACUGGUCCGUCAACGUCACCCAGGACCCGCCUCAGGCCAGCGUGCACAUGUACUCAUCCGUGGAAUCGACGUUCAACCCUCUGGACAGCUCGGCGAACCCCGUCACCAGCUCCGAGAUUGCCGUGAAGAUGACAUCCCAGGAAAACCUGGCGUCCCUCCUGCCCUCUGCUCAGUUCGGUGAGAACCGCAGCUGCCUCGACAUCAACCAGGCGGCAAUGUCGUCGGCCCUGGCUGCCGCGCCUGAUACUGUUCGAGAGCGCUACAACCGCCGAGGCAAGCCGGUUACCUAUCUUGCUGACCACUCGGUGGGCGCUGGACCUCUGUGGGUCCAGGAGCGGCUGAGGCUCAACUACACGACUGACAGUCUCCAGGUUCAGUCUAUAACAUUGAAGACGGCGCCAGGCUCUUUCAUUUAUCCCGGCAGCCAGUAUUGUAAGCUGUUGACACCGUCCCGCGCCCUCGAGUACAUUAUGACUGAUGGUCUGCGCGGCACACAGCCCUGAAUGUGUCAUCCUCAUCGUGCGUCUUAUGCCUGGCGUGCAUUGUAUGUUAUGUCUGUUACAUAUUGUUUGAAAGGUUGCGCUUUUAUCCCCAAUAAAUAUUGAUAAUGUAAA